CUCGUGCAGAAGUGUUGCAGUAGCGCCGUCGAGCGGACGAACUUUUAUACAUGUGUUUUCAUUAUCAUAACGGUUAUCACAUUGGCUGUGAGCAUAUAGUGAAUCCCCACCAACAAAAGCAAAGGUCACACUCUUUGCAGCUUUAUUUAUCACAGCGGAAAACGGACAUUAUAUUAUAUAUAUAUAAUACAAACAUAGUUGUACUUAUCUACUUUUAGCAUAUAAAGAACAGAUAUUCUAAUAAAUCGUGCUGCUGUUUUGUACAAACGCCUGCAGUUUUGUUUGUCGGUGAUACGAAAAUUGUUUUGUGUUGCUUUUUCCUUAUUCUCUAACUGAAAUAUCAAUCAAAAUGUAUACAGAAGUGCCAAAACUUACAAGGUGUUGUUUUUGUGUGCCUUUGAGAUACGGUCUCCUCGUUUGGGGAUAUUUGAAACUGCUACCACUACUGGCUUUAUUCACGACACUGAUAUUGGAAUUGAAACGUUUCUUAGACUAUCAAAGCGCAAGCGAAACACAUAAUAAUAUAGGAGUACCACCAUCAAUACCUAUAUUAUUUACGAUUAUUAUUGUGGAAAUUAUAUUUAGCAUCGUACUUCUCAUAGCUGGUCAUUUGAAAAAUGCAAUUUUAUUUAAAGUUUACUAUUAUUACUCCAUAGCUAUGGCAGUAAUAUUUAUAAUAUGCUAUGCAGUGUUCAUAAUUGGGUUUAUUGUGCUGACCUAUUCAAACCCCUUCAUGUAUAUGCUUUUAAUGUACGUGGUGCAGAUUGUACUGUUUGGAGCUGCUGUAUUUGUGCUGCACAUCUAUAUCACGAUACUGGUUAGGAGUGAAAUGUUGAAAUUAAGAGAUAACUCUAACUUUAGCUUUGUAAAUCACGCUGCAGAAGCACAAUGCACCAUGACCUAUGGAAAAGAGACUGUUUAAAACAUCACUGGUGUUCCUAGAGCCAAUAGACUGAACGACAAGCAAUACAUCAAUGAGGAUAUUAUCUAUCGACCGACGUUACUUUGCAGUUAGUUUGAUGCCAUACUUGUAAAUGUAAUAGCUUGGAAUUUCCAUCGUGUGUUUUAAACUAUGUCGUUUUCACUCGUCAUAUUACAAGAGUAGUAUCGUGAUAUUAAAUAGUCUACAACCAUUUUCAAGAAACGAGUUAAUUAAUUCAAAAAUAAUUAUUCAAAUCAUACUAGUAAUUCCAAAAAAUAACGUAACGAGAUUAAAAAAUUAACAAAUAAACUUUUUUACUUUAUAAUAUUAGUAUAGAUUAGUAAAGUACACACGAUGAAGUCACAAAAAUCCCAACCGUUUAAUAAUUGUGACAUGCUUUUUGUUAUUUAUGUAUGGAUGGUAUAUUUAUUUUGUGCUCGUGUUUUCCUUAUGUAGCCUAUAGCACUCACUUAAUUUAUACUAAUGUUGCAUAUAGUUGCAAAGUAAUAUAAAUACAGUUAUAAAUGUAUUGUAUCAUUGAUAUUCAUAAAAACUAAAGUACAAUCGAAAAAGGUCCUUUUUCUUUUGACAGUAGAGUAAAAAGGACAAGAUAUUGGUUUCUUUUAAAACCGUAUCGAGAUUUUUUUAAUUUUCUGUUGUCUACAUGUUGAACCAUAUUUAAGUAGCUUAAUAUGGUGUGAAAUUUUCAUCAUACCAAUGUGGCUGCUUUUAAGUAAAACAUUGAUACACAAACUGACAACAAAUACACGAAUAGACGAAAAAAUAUCAAACCAUUUUUUCGGCUCAACAACGCAUUUACCUUAUACCUGUAAGCUACAUUUCUAAAAAUAUUGAAAAAUGUACAAUUUUACUAAUCUUUAAAAAUAUGUGGGUGGGAUAACGUUUUAAACUUUUAUUUAUCAGACUUACUCACAGUCGUUUAUUUUUAUUAUGUUCGACCAGGGUUUUAUAUGUCCAUUGUUUUGUAUUACUUUUGUUAUUAUGACCCGACGACUGAUAGUGAUAUCGGGUAUUUAUACACGUAUACCUAUACAAAGAAUAAUUAGUCAGUAAAUUGCAUGCAUUUUGUACUGUAUGAUGUUGUUUAUUUUAAUAUUUAUUUGUCAUUUAUAUUUAUAUAUUUAUUUAUGCCAACAGAGAUGGUAUUAAUGAAACUGAGUGACUAGUGUGUGUCGCACAGAGAUUUACAUUGAUUCGUAUCGAAAAUUUAACUGCGGAUAUUUUUAAGAACUUAAAUUUCCAUACAGAUAUAUCCACGUAAAUGUGAAUGCUCUUGUGACUUACACUCAGCACUCAGAACAACUUUUCUUAAAGAGCAUAAUACAUAUGCUCAAAAAAAUUUUGGAAGUUUUUUACAAUAAAAA